GUGUUCAUGUUGCCUCAUUUCCUGAGUCUGCCCAAAGACAGGGAGAUACGGGGGGACAGUGCGAGGGAGAGAGCGCCCUGGAGAAAGAGAGCGAAAGAGAGAGGGGGAGAGAGAGACAGACAGACACAGAGGGGGAGCCUGGUUCCUGAUACCAAACACGGAAAAGCAGGGGAGUGAAAGAGAGAAAAAAGGCUGGCUGAGACAGGGAGAGAGGGGGAGAAAACAGGGGAAUAACACUUAAAGAGACACAAAAAGCGUAGGUGAUGAAAGAAGAUAAUACUAUGUUCUUCUGAACAUUCCCCUUUCUUUAUCUCUCACGCUGUCACAUCGGAUUGGACUCCAAAGAAUCGACACCGCGUCUAUCCCAGACCCCAUGGGUUAACAGACUGUCCAGGAGAGGCUAACAGGUCAGCUAACCCAAUGAACAGCAACAGGAAAGAGGACAUGGAGAUUUCGUCCCACUACCGGCAGCUCCUGCGGGAGCUCAACGAGCAGCGGCAGCAUGGCAUCUUGUGUGACGCCUGUGUCAUUGUGGAGGGGAAGAUCUUCAAGGCCCACAAGAACGUCCUCCUGGGCUCCUCGCGCUACUUCAAGACCCUCUACUGCCAGGUUAAGAAAGGGGCGGAGCCACAUCACCAAACAACCGUCACUCACCUGGACAUCGUCACAGCAACAGGCUUUAAAGCCAUCCUGGACUUCAUGUACUCUGCCCACCUGGCGCUGACCAGUAAAAACGUCAUUGAGGUGAUGUCAGCUGCCAGUUACCUACAGAUGACCGACAUCGUCCAGGCCUGCCACGGCUUCAUCAAGGCCGCGCUGGACAUCAGUAUCCGCUCCGAGCUGGCCGACGAACUGGCCGACUUCGAGAUGGGGGCUGUCGCGGCCGCUGGGAUAUGUGGGGGAGGUAUAGGGGGAGGUGGGGGAGGUAUAGGGGGAGAAAGAGGAGGAGGAGGGUUAGGAGGGGCGGCGUCAGAGGCCCUGGCGUCCAUCAUAUCAGGUGGAAGCUCCUCGCCAUGGCUGGAGAGGCGUACGAGUCCAGCCAACUCUUCUGGUGACUCAGCCAUCGCCAGCUGCCAUGAGGGUAGUGGCAGUACAUACGGUAAAGAGGACCAGGAGACACCCAAGAGCCAUGAGAGCCAGGAAGACGGUGGCCAUGACUCCCAGCACGCCUGGCCACACGACUACCGCCCCGUCACUGUCAAAGAAGAACAAGUCUCACCCUCCUCCACUUCUCACCCCCGGGAGAGGCUCAGAGUGGGUGCAGGGGCACAGGGGGUGCAGGGGGGAGGAGGGUUGGGAGGAGGAAGUGACGGGGCAUGGCAGCCCUCUGGGUCGGGGAGGAGGAAGAACAGGAAGAACAAGGACACAGUCAGACAUAUUACCCAGCAGACCGAGCUGGACAGAGACAGCAGGCCGGGCUCUCCGCUGCCCCCCGUGAUGGGCGUGACUCGUUGGAGCUACAAUGGACAGGACAUCCCAGGUGCAGAUGUGACAGAGCUCAACAGCUCAGACAGUCGCGGAGAACGUCUCGACUUCUUCCUCAAACAGGAAGAAGCUCUGGCAAUGGGCGAGGCCAACUUCCUGGGUGCCAGCGAAUCAGAUGAGGCAGGAGGUGGGACCGGGGACGGGGCUACAUCUUCGGUAGCCAAUCUGAGGGCAGCAUUGAUGAGUAAAAACAGCCUGCUUUCGCUACGGGCUGAGAUGCUGGGAGAUGAUAACCCUGUACUGUUUGAAUUCAUGCCCAAAGGAGGACACUCCCUUUCACUGAAUGACUUCACAGUGAUCCGUAAGAAGUUUAAGUGCCCCUACUGUAGUUUCUCUGCCAUGCACCAGUGUAUCCUGAAGAGGCACAUGCGUUCCCACACGGGCGAGAGGCCCUACCCCUGUGAGAUCUGUGGCAAGAAGUUCACCAGGAGAGAGCACAUGAAGAGACACACACUGGUCCACACUAAAGAUAAGAAGUAUGUGUGUAAGGUCUGCAGCCGGGUCUUCAUGUCGGCAGCCAGCGUUGGAAUCAAACAUGGCUCCCGUCGCCAUGGCGUCUGUGUUGACUGUUCUGGACGGGGCAUGGACCACAACCGGGAAGCAGGCGGAGACAUGUCCCCCGAAGAUGAGCUGUAUCCCAGCGACCACCGUUUCCACAACAACCAGGUGGAGUGCGAAGGCGACGGAGAGGGGGAGGAAGAGAUGAUGACGGAAGGGGAUGGAGAGAUGAUGGGAGAGGGGGAUGAGGAGGGAGGAAAGUGGAAGGAUGACUCAGGGAUGAUGACGGAGGGAGACGGAGCCAUGGAUAAUGACAAGGAGGAGAGCAACUCCUCUGCACCAGAGGGGGAGCAGCACAAUGGGAGCGAGAAGGAUUUCAGCUGGAUCUCUUAGGAUCCUAUGGGAUCAUUUAGGAUCUAUUGUGGAUCUUAGGCAGACAGCUCUCUUUACCCAUGUGGAAAUGGGCCUUCCUCUGAGUGGGAUAUGUGGGCGAUACGUGACAAUGAUCUAAACCCUUGACAGAUGCCAUACACACACACACACACACACGCACCACACAUACACACACACACGCACCACACAUACACACACAAGCUGAGCCCUGUGCUGAUGAUAGGACUGCCAUGGCGGAAAGAGAACAAUUGAGAGAAAAAAAGAAUGUUUUGUUAGUUUGUUUCUGAUGAGGACCAUAUCAGAGUCUGUCCAUUGGUUUAGAUGUUCACCUCCAUCACACUGGGACCAAUGAGGACUCAUUCAACAUCUUAGCUGAUUUUGAACCAUGACUGUUUGUGGUCAGAGUUGCCAUGGAUACGACGGAUCGUUAACAGUUUGGGAAAACACCAAGGUGGUGUCUUGUUGCCAUGCAGUCCUAUUUGGGGACAGUCUCUACUCCUUUGGGGACAGUCUCUACACCUUUGGGGACAGUCGCUACACCUGGGGACAGUCUCUACUCAUUAUGGGGACAGUGUCUACAUCUGGGGACAGUCUCUACAUCUGGGGACAGUCUCUACUCAUUAUGGGGACAGUGUCUACAUCUGGGGACAGUCUCUACAUCUGGGGACAGUCUCUACUCAUUUUGGGGACAGUGUCUACAUCUGGGGACAGUCUCUACUCAUUUUGGGGACAGUGUCUACAUCUGGGGACAGUCUCUACUCAUUAUGGGGACAGUGUCUACAUCUGGGGACAGUCGCUGCACCUGGGGACAGUCUCUACUCAUUAUGGGGACAGUGUCUACAUCUGGGGACAGUCUCUACAUCUGGGGACAGUCUCUACUCAUUAUGGGGACAGUGUCUACAUCUGGGGACAGUCUCUACAUCUGGGGACAGUCUCUACUCAUUUUGGGGACAGUGUCUACACCUGGGGACAGUCUCUACAUCUGGGGACAGUCUCACUCAUUAUGGGGACAGUGUCUACACCUGGGGACAGUCUCUACAUCUGGGGACAGUCUCUACUCAUUAUGGGGACAGUCUAUUCAUUUUGGGGACAGUCUGUAUUUAUUUGGGGGACAGACUCUAGACAUUUUGCAGACAGUCUAUUUAGUCAGGGGACAGUCUUUAUUCAUUUGGGGGACAGUCUUUAUUCAUUUGGGGGACAGUAUUCAUUCAUUUGGGGGACAGUAUUCAUUCAUUUGGGGGACAGUAUUCAUUCAUUUGGGGGACAGUAUUCAUUCAUUUGGGGGACAGUAUUCAUUCAUUUGGGGGACAGUCUCAAUUAAUUUGGGGGAUAGUCUUUAAUCAUUUGGGGGAAAGUCUCUAUUCAUUUGGGGGACAGUCUCUAUUCAUUUGGGAACAGUCUCUAUUCAUUUGAGGACAGUCUCUAUUCAUUUGGGGACAGUAUUCAUUCUUUUGGGGGACAGUAUUCAUUUGGGGACAGUAUUCAUUCUUUUGGGGGACAGUAUUCAUUUGGGGGACAGUAUUCAUUUGGGGACAGUCUAUUCAUUUGUGGGAAAGUCUCUAUUUAUUUGGGGACAGUUUCUCUUCAUUUGAGGACAGUCUCUAUUCAUGUUUGAGACAGUCUUUUAUCUAUUGUAAAGUUGCACCCGUCAGGCAUCGGUUGGCCCAUUGUCUCCUGCAGAGUGAAACUGCCACAGACUUGCACUUUAACGUCGACUAGACUCCUGUCAAUGCUCUCAACCCGUGGUUUACAUUUUCAAUCUGAUUUUACCUACACAACUCGGUGACCGCACCUACCUUUAAGGACAUACUGUAUGUCCUCAUGACUGUUAUGAUAUAUAAAUAUAUGGAUAUUAUAAUACUUGUGCAAAGUUUGCUGAUUAUAAUAGCCUAUGCCCAGUGGAGGCUGGUGAGAGGAGCUAUAGGAGGACGGGAUCAUUGUAAUGGCUGGAAUGGAAUAAAUGAAAUGGAAUCAAACAUGUGGUUUCCAUAUCUGUGAUAUGUUUGAUACCGUUCCAUUAAUUCCAUUCCAGACAUUACAAUGAUCCCGUCCUCCUAUAGCUCCUCCCACCAGCCUCCACUGCCUAUGCCUUUCAAUUGGUUCUUUCGCCACUUAAGUUUACCAUGUGUUUCUGUUGAGCUGUGAUGAGAAUUAUGAAAGGUUGAGCAAAUGUACAUACAAACAAGCCACAAGAAUUAGUAUAUUGAGCAAGAGAGGGAGUUGGAGAGAGACGUAUGAGAGAGAAAGAAAGUUUGAGAGAGACAGAGAAGAAGAGCGUGAGAGUGAACACUAUGCAGGGACAUAACCGAUCAAUCCAGAUGUAAGUGUUCUUAAUUCUCUACUUUCAGAGAGAGGACACAGAUCGACAGGUAACCUAGCGGCUAAGAGCAUUGGGCCUAUAACCGAAAGGUUGCUGGUUUGAAUCCCUCCUGAGCCGACUAGGUGAAAAAUCUGUCGAUGUAGGCCUUGAGCAAGGCACUUAAUCCUAAUUACUCCUGUAAGUCACUCUGGAUAAGAGUGUCUGCAUAAUGAAAUAAAUGUAAAUCUUUACUUCAGAUAUUUCCUCUCAGAAUGAGCGAGAGAGACAUAUUACAUACACAAUGAUGAUGGGUCAAAACUCAUGCCAACACAAGCACACUAUGGCCCUAUUCUACAUAGACAUUCCAUCUCUUUUUUCUUACCUUGAAUCUCAAGUUGUAUCAAUGGUCAGCGGUUGUGUUUAGAAGUAGACUUUCUUCAAAACCUUUGUUGUUUUAUUAUCAUUUUUAUAUUUCACUAUAAAUACAGAAUAUGCACACUUUUACAUCUUAGUGAACCUUAAUGAAUGGUUCAUCUUUCUUUUUGGUGAUAAUGUUCAUUUCAGUUUGUAAAAUAAGUCAGGCUUCGGCUUAAGAUUCCACCCAGAGAGUGGCUUGUUCUGCUGAGUGCUUUUAUGACGCUUUGUUUCGUUUCAAAAAGUUAUUUAUUAACAGACAUUUGUGGAAUUAUUGUACUACUGUAUAAAGACAUUCUCUCAGCUCUGUCUAACGCCUUCUGUAGUCACAGCGUGUGUGGAUGUGUGUAUGUGGACGUGUGUGUUCGUGUGUGUGUGCAAGCGUGUGAGAUGUAUAUUGAUUUUCUUAAGAUUAUGUUCGUGACAAGAUGUUACAACAUGUUUAUUAUGAUGAUCACAACUAUGAUAUGAUGUUAUUAUUAUGAUGAUCACAACUAUGAUAUGAUGUUAUUAUGAUGAUGAUCACAACUAUGAUAUGAUGUUAUUAUUAUGAUGAUCACAACUAUGAUAUGAUGUUAUUAUGAUGAUGAUCACAACUAUGAUAUGAUGUUAUUAUUAUGAUGAUCACAACUAUGAUAUGAUGUUAUUAUGAUGAUGAUCACAACUAUGAUAUGAUGUUAUUAUGAUGAUGAUCACAACUAUGAUAUGAUGUUAUUAUGAUGAUGAUCACAACUAUGAUAUGAUGUUAUUAUGAUGAUGAUCACAACUAUGAUAUGAUGUUAUUAUUAUCAUUAUUAAGUUCUGGAUGCUAAGCUUUAUUGUGUGUUUCUUUUUUAUAUUUGAUAUCUUGUAUUAGAAGAAAAGCUUGUGGACAGCAAGCUAUAAGGUGUUUCUUAACAGUUCUAUCAUGCCAGUCUCUGCUUUUCUGUUGUAUUUGGUUUUUACAGAGAAAGAAGAAAAAAAUCAGAGGCGCUAAUUUAUUCUUAGAGCUCUGUUCAAUCAGAUCUGCUUUAGCCCGCAUCCGCAUAGCGCUUGUUUUGUUGGUAUCAGAGGUGGAACGGCUUUAGAGUUGUCAAAUCUACAAGCAGCUCCCGGAAUUAUACCUGAAGCGACAUUGCCAUUGGCUGCACGGAGUCACAUUAAGAGAAAUAUCAUGCAGCCUUGUUUACAAGUUUGAACACUGGAAUGUGAUAUGUAAUCUACACCUUGAUUUGGCUGACAGAAAUCCUCAUUAUUUCGUUGAAUGAUUUUCAUUUUGAGUGUCAUUAUUUCUAUAUAGACUACACCUUCGUUCUGAACUUCAAAUGCGAGUGGGACGGGUGUGGAUACACGAGAAGGAUGAAGAGCAGCUGCUUACCGAUUUGACAGGUCCAACGCAGUUACACGGCCAAAACAUCAGCUAUGUGGGUGUCGGCGAUCACCUGUUAAUGCUUGAUCUGACUGAUUCUAGGCCUGAGAUAUGGAUUGGACAUAUGUAUGGUAUGGCACAAGCGUCUAUAUUACUAACACACACUAAUUAAUUAACAUCAUACCAAAAAUAAUCGAACGCGUUGUAUCAAGUGCUUUUGUUUCAACGGUGCGUGUGCAGAUGUAGGUGCACAUAUUUCAAUUUAUUGUGGUCUAAUAAUUGUGUUGUAGUUUGGAUGUUGUUCUUUUUUUUUUUUUUUUUUACAGUUUUCAAAGUGCACAUGUUGUGUGUAUAUAUACGGUAUCAUUGUAUAUGAAGGGCCUUGUGACUUGCUAGGCUAGACCUGCUGAAGAUCGCAUCUUUAACCCUCUUUUCUUUAUUGUCCUUGUUGCCCUGGUUUCCAAAGUUGUGUUCUACUGUAUAUCCUAAAUAUAGGCCCCGCUCCAAAUCUGCCCCUGGCCCGGACCCCUAUGCACUUUCUGUAGGUCUGAAAUGAUUAGGUAGGGGUACAUAAUAUAAGGCAAAUGUCAACAUGGCCUAACAGAGGGCAAAAUUCUUCCAGACCUACAAGACAUGUUUUGGGGUAGGGUGCCUGAACGGCAAGUUGGCAAUUAUUGUCAUGAAUCUUGCCUUGGAGGCAGCUCUGCGGAGUGGUCACUAGCUGGCACAGCCACAAAGUCAGAAAAUCUGAACUUAAACCUAACAUUAACCCUAAUCUUAACCACCCUGCUAACCAUAAUGCCUAACCCUAACUUUAAAUUAAGACCAAAAAGCUAGUUUUUGUUUUAAUGAAUUUUUACGAUACAGCCAAUUUUGACUCUGCAUCUGGCCUAUCUAGCGGAAAUCGCUAACUUCUGCCUCCAGGGCAAGAUUCAUGACAAUAAACAUCAACCUGCACCUGAAUGCUAUGAGGGAAAGGGACAAAGUGGGCCACAGUGGUGCCUCUGGGAAUUAUAGUUGUGUAGCCACAGUUGGUUGCAAACAUUACCAUCUGCCACACUUCCAUUCCCAUCAGCCCCAGUGCUAAACACUGUAUCUAUGGAACAACCCUCGGGUGUGUGUUUGAUUUCACUGAUUCCUGAUGCCUUCUCCAUGUGUGGUGGCAAGCUUUAUUUAAGUAGUGUUAUUUAUUGUCUAUUAGCAAUUUCUAAUCUCUUGAAGGUUUCAGAAAGAAAAUGAAUGAUGUCGUGUGGAUAUUUUCAAUGUUAAUGGCUGAAUAUGUAGGGAUUGUCAAGAGCUGCCGUGUAUUUGGAAGGAAUAGCAGGGCUAUUUCUAUGACAUCCAGUGCUUUUCCACUCCAGACUCCUGUGACCACUGAGAUGUUUUUACCCAUUUUCUUAUCGUUAUCAUAACCUGUCUGCCUGCCUGCCUCCCUGCCGGCAUUGUCUUCUAAUUCCUUGUCUUGGGUUGUAAUUCAGGAAACAUUUGCCAUCCAAUCCCCUCAACAAUGUGCCUCGAUACAUUUUAGAUGUGGGUGUGUUUCAAGAGAAAGGGAGAUACAGAAAUCUGAUGGAUAGAGAUUUUUUAAAUAUAUUUUAUCUAAAUCACAGGUGCAAAAAGUUGAGAAAAUACUGUUUUUCUGAGAGACAAAUUAGCUAUUUGUUUAUGAGGACCUAUGUUACUGUGUUACAGUAUACCGUAGAUUCUGUUCCUGACUGUGUUUAUUAACCCAUUGUGCCCUGAUUCCAUGGUCUUAACUGCACGCCUUUGUCCAUUUGUCAUACCAAAGCUCUGUCUCUGGCGUCUGCACAAAACUGGUUCAUUUCACACCAUGCAAAACUGUUUGCUUUUCAGCAGAUAAAUAUUUGUAUUCUGCUCUUAGAUGCGUACAAAAUUGCAAUCCUUAUUUAGCCUGUAUAGCUUGAUUCACAAAGCCAUAGAUAUGGUUAUAUCUAGAUUUUACUAUAUCUCAAAAUUCUUGCAUUUUAUUUUAGAUUCUGUUCUUUACUAAGAGUGAUGUGUGUAUACCUUCAUAUAUAUAUACAUUUAUAUUGUUAUUAUAUAUAUUAUUUAUUUUCUCUCACAUUUGGCAAGGUGUCUUUUGUUUGUAAAGUGAGACACUUGAAACUUGACAGUUGUUUGUUGGGAAUAUUGUUCAAUAUGAUACUGACUUUAUAUUGAUUAUCAUAAACCUGUGUAUGUAACAAAGAUGUGUUGAAUAAUCAAACCCCUUGAUCUGUUUGGGAGGAUUAAAGUGAUCAGGUCUUCUGUAUAUGAUAGUACUGAUCACUUGAGCGUUUUUAUAGCCAAACAUGAACUUCCCUACCGUCCUGUUGUGAGGGCUAGCCUAAAGGGCUAACCCAGGCCUCUUUCUAACUUCAUGUUUAGUGGAAUUAGCUUGACUAUUAUUUGCAAAACCAAUCAGUCUCAAUAAAUUUUGAAAUUGCU